AUGUCAAAUCUCAACAAGCUUGACUUUAUUGCUUUGGAAGUUUCCGGAAGGAACUACCUCAAAUGGACCCAGGAUGUCAAGCUCCAUUUGACUGCAAAUAAGAUGAGAUCAACGAUUAAUGCUGACAACAUCGCCCCUGAAGAUAUGAAGGCAAGGGCUAUGAUUUUCAUCAGGAAACAUAUGGAAGAAGCACUCGAGGUGGAAUAUUUAGCUGAAGAGGACCCACGGAUUCGGUCACUCCUAAAAUUCUGUGGAGAAGAGCUCACAGAAGCUGAUCUAUUGGAGAAAACUUUCUCCACCUUUCCUCCUUCCUGUAUGGUCCUGCAACAACAAUACAGGGAGAGAAACUUUGCUAGAUUCUCAGAAUUGGUCACCGUCCUGUUGCUAAAUGAAAAGAACAAUGACCUACUUUUGAGGAAUGAUCAAGCAAGGCCCACCAGUACCAGAGCAGUUCCUUUGCCUGAAGCAAAUGUUAUUGCCCAUCGCGAAAAUAAUUGCGCAAGGAGAAACUGGGGUCGUGGAAGGGGAAGGAGGCCUGAACGUCCAAGACAUGGAAGGAGAAAUGGGCCCAGAAAUGCCCCAUAUGACCGUGACCACCAAGUAUGCAUACUGCUUUCGAUACUAAUUGACCAUUGGUCUCGCACCUGCCGUGCAACAAAUGAAGAGAUAGGAGAGUAUUACGCCAGACGCGGAACUCGAGAGGCCAACCUUGUGGAAGGGUCAGUUCCUAUGGAUACCACCUUGGAGAUUACUGAUUUCCAAGCAGCCAGUGUGUACAUCGAGGAUUGUAAACUAGAGAACAUGGACAUAAUAGGCACUUGUGCCAUAUCUAUAUUAUUGUUAUGA